CUUUGCCUCCAAAACAGAAACUCUCUUUGAAAAAUGGCGCCUCCAAUGUCCACCACCGAAUGGCCGCUGCCGUCGGAGGUACUCAUCCCUUCCCUCCCAAACGGCGUCGCACUCAACAUUCUGGCACGCCUACCAAGACAGCACCACGCUGUCCUCUCGGCGGUGUCGAAGCCCAUCAGGUCCGCCGUCUCCUCCCCACACUUCUUCGCCGAUCGAUCACUCCUCAACCGAACCGAGACCGUCCUCUACCUCAGAGUCCGAUCCUUCCGCCACACCCACGAUCACUGGUUUGCCGUCCACCGAAACCCCAACCCAACAACCAACAACAACAAUCUCCUCCAGCUCGCUCCGGUCCCAAGGAUCCCCGUCGAGAAACAACUGAAGGGGUCUGCUUACGCCGCCGUGGGCCCCAAGAUCUACGUCAUCGGCGGAUACACGGACUCCGAGGAGGAGGAGCCCGAACCUUCGUCCGAUGUGUGGGUCCUCGACUGCCGCUCCCACACAUGGGAGCGUGGCCCCAGCAUCCUGACGCCGCGAUUCAAUCCUGAAGCUGCGGAGGUUGGUGGGAAAGUCUACGUGGUCGGAAGUGCCGCGAAGGAAUUAUGUGUUGAAGUUCUCGACCCGGCGGUCGGACACUGGAAAGCCAUUCCCUACCCGCUUGACAAAAGUUCAUGCUUGGUUACCAGCUACAUGGUUGAGUUAAUGAGAUACAAAUUUCACAGACAAGAGUUAAGGUUGGGCCCGACGAUGAAGAUGUCGGAGGUUCUUCGAUUUGAAGAGAAGGAAAAAUCUUCUUUGUUUUAUACUGGUUGUUUGAUGGAUCGGCCGUGGUAUGAUUAUCAUCCCAGAGAGAUAUGUAGAAGGUCUGAUUACGGAAUUGAUGAGUGGGAAGAGCUCGAGGGUGUAAAGGAAGGGAAGCCUAAGUACUUUUGUGAGCCUAAACUGCUCAACCUGGAAGGUAGGCUAGUUGUGUUGUUCGGAGAGGCGAGAUUUGGGAAUACAAGUGAAUUGGAGAAGGGAAAGAUUGGAAUAUGGUGUGCGGAAAUCGACGUGACGAAGAACGGAGGCGUGGAUUGGUGCGGAAAAACUCAUUGGUCGGAGAAGGUCCUUUUGCUCCCCGAAACAACUUGGGGAAUUCCAGAAGAGAGUUUUGAUCAUUCGCUCUUUCUCUAUGGUUGCGGAUGCUUGUUCGUCUCUUUGUGAGCACCGGUAAGGCAUGAAGUAUGGUAGAAUGGAUUUGUUUCUUUGCAGUGAUGUUUAUAGUUGUGCUUUGUUUAACAAUCUAAUGGGA